AUGGCGCAAGCAGAGCACGAACACGCGAACGAUAACCCUCGAGACGGCUUCCAAACGAGUUCAGCGCGCGCAUUGGGCGACAACCCCAUAGAUCUCCACGUUAUCGGUCGCGGCACAUGCGGCACCAUCUAUACCUGCGUGGAUCUCUCCACGGCUGCAUACAAGAUUGGCCGGGACCGAGACGCACUAUGGAAUGAUAUACGGCUGACGGCUCACGUACAUCGAUCGUUGACGGAGUCAGAACGCGGCUGGAAAAUCAAAGAUUACACUCCCAGGGUGCCAGCUAUCAAGGGCUGGAUGGCAGAUGAAGCUAAAGAAGACUUCUGGGCACAAUUCGCUGGCUGUUUCACGGAAGCCGAAGACAGGAAGACGGCACCGUUCCUGUUUUCCCUGUCCCUUAUCCCUACAUUAGGCCCUGAGCUUCGGCAGGCUCUGAUGACGCGCUACGAGUUCACUACAUCCAAGGCCGCGGUAUUCGCCAAUCCCGAGAACGACUUUUGUCUUGUACGGCCAUAUCUUGGACUGGCAACACGCAAGGACGAACCGUUGUGCAGGUCGGAACAUCUUUGGAACUUUCCUCUAACAAGGGAGGACCUCAGAUCAUUCCCAUUCGACGACAAUUUGGCGAUGGAAUUGGCAAAAGAAAUGGCUACAGGCCUGGCUAUCAUACACUGGCAUGCCCUCGUAGACGGUAUGGAUAUCGAGUUUGUACUUGGAGGAGAAAAUAACUGGGAUGGGGAGCAAGUCAUUCUUGCUAGCGAGCUGGAAACCUCAGAGCCCUUCUGCUCCUCCGAGCCCCCGAAUCUCGUUCUCGGCGCCCCGAUGUCGAAACCCAGCUGGAGACAGAACCGAUGGGACCGAACACAUCAUUGGUCAGAUGAAAUGCGCCUUUACAUCCUCGAUUUCGACAAAGCCUCGCUACUCUCCUUCGACCGACCCGAAGCCGCCAUACAGCGAUUAGUCACAGCGGUGACCUGUAACGAUCCAUACUUCCCCGAUCCUGCUGCUACAGACGACGAAGGUAGACAGCUGUGGAAUACAUUUAGGGCGACAUACCUCGAGACUGCACACUCUGUGUCGAAGCCCCUGCGACGGGCGUAUGGGAAACGAGCGAGAGGCUGGCCAUUGUGGUUUAUGGGACAAUGGGAGAAGAAGGCGGAACAGCUGUCGGGAGGAAGGAACGGCGAGUUCAUCGAGUUUGGGGACUAA